UAUAUUUAUUUAAAAAAUCAAGAAAAAACCAAACUAUUUUACACUUAACUUUAAAAAAGAAAAAAAACAUACAUAGUCCUUAAGCCAACACACAAAGAAAUUGAAAGCAGUUCGUGCUGGGAUCCUAUUUUAAUUCCCAUAAAAUAAAGCACGAAACGAAACGAGACCCCAACUGCUUCCAGCCCCGAAAACGAAAACACAAGGGCAGCCCCUCAUGUUUGCCACCCAAAGAGACGAUAUGAAGAUCUUUGUCGCCGCAGAAGUUGGUGUCGACGCUGCCACAGGCACUGGAGGAGGGGCCAACAGCAACGCUGGAGUGCUGCCCGUGCAGCAGCAGCGGGAAUUUAGGCCCAGAAUGACGGCCGUAUCAUCGCCGGGCAACAAUCUGAAGUACAACAGUAAAUACAGCAGCAAGACGUCGAAUAUGCUGAGGCAGGUGACGAGCUACCACAACAGCAUCACCAGCAGCAUCAAUGGCCUCAACGAGGCCGCCAACAACACUAAAAGCCAACAGCAGCAACAGCCACAGAUGCUCUAUACGAAUCACAGUCACUCGUUGGCCAGAAAAAAAUACUUUGGUAGCAACAGCAAUCUACAGCAACAGCAACAGCAACAGCAGCAGCAGCAGCAAUCCUCGUACUACCAGCAACAGCAGCAGCAAAAUCUUAACAACAAUAAUUUGUUAAUGAAAAAUCAAAAUUUAAUACAGCAUCAAAUGUCCGACUGCAAGCUAAGCGAUGGCAAUAAUAAUAAUGCUCAUAAUAAUAGCCAGAAAACAACAAGCAAAUGGCUGAAUAACAACAAGAAACGCAGCUCACCAUCCACAUCCAUAGAAUCGACAUCGUCGUAUUAUCGCAGCAGUCCCGAUUCCUCAACGGAGGCCUCAACCACAAACACAGCAGCAGCCACAAGCUUGUGCAGCAAUAGCUCCAGCAACAGUCCCAUUGAGGAUGCAGAGACCGGCGAAACAGAGCGAGUGAAGCAGCAGCCGGCAGCAGCGGCAAGUGGAGAGAGCCUGAAGGCAGCCAGACCGCCGCGACAGCAGCCAUUGAGCUUCUGGAAGACAAACUAUCCACAGCAGCCCACCAAUCAAAUGAAGAAUCAGCAGGUGGGAAUGACUGUGGCCAGCCAGAAGGAGGCAUUGGCUGUGGAGCAGCAACAGCAGCAGCAGGCACUGUCCUACGAACAGAGACGCAACUCUGGUGGUGGCUAUCAGCAGCAUCAGCAAAACUAUUAUCAAUAUUAUUAUCCACAGCCCAAGCAGCUGACAAUAGCAUCGUUUCUGCAAAAGGAACUGCUGCCGGAGGCUCACAACAGCAGCAACAGCAACAGUAGCGACAAAAACAGCAGCAGCAGCAGCAACAGCUUUGGCAGGCAUCUACCAACAGGAGGAGGAGCAGGAGCAGGAGCAGGUGCAGGUGGCAGUGGCUACCAACAGCAGCGCUAUAGAAAUGCACAAUAUGUCUAUCAGCAUUAUCAGCAGCAGCAACAGCAGCAGCAGCAGGCACAGGCGCAGCAGCAUGCCCAACAGCAGCAGCAGCAGACGCAGCAGCAGCAGCAGCAUGGCAUCAGCACCCACUUUCGGCGUAAGCACAGCGACAAUCAUGGCAACAACAGCAACAAGAAGAUGCACUACAGCCCCGAAAGCAUCAUUGGGCCACAAAAGUCCAUUGAGAUAUUGCCCAGCAGCAAUUUUAGUGCAAUGCAUCGACGCAUACAGAGCGGAAAUGGUGGAAAGACUGGCUACUAUCAGCACCAUUACCAUGCGGUGAUCGAGGGUGGUGGGGCGGCAGCCACGCCUACCAGCUCCGAGCAUCAGAAUCUGUACAAUCUCACCUACGUAAAUGUGGAUGUGGAUGCCUGCAGCGAGGGAGCGACCGAAGCAGCAGCUAGCACAGCUGCUGGCGUGGCGGCCACAAAAACUGUUGUCGCACCGGCCGCUGGGAAACUGUCGCUGCUGUCGAAGCCCAGCAUCACCCUAACAACGGCCACGUCGCCGCCUGUGCUGGGCACCAGCGUACCAGUGGCCAUGCCCGUGGCCGGGAAUAUGUUUGUGCCACCGCCACCGCUGCCGCUGGCGCUGAUCUCACCGGUGGCCAACAGUGGCCACAGUCAUUCGCCGGGCACGACGCCCGCCAAUAUGAUAAGCUGCGCGCAGCUGGACGAGGCCAUUACAGCGGCGGCUGCCAGCGGAACGGGCACGGGCACGGGCACGGGCGCGGGCGAGCAGCAGCCGGCAGCAAGCCACAGCCCCAACAAUUAUGCUUCAGGUGUGCCAUUCCUCAUGCAGCAGCCGCCUGCGCCGCCGCACAGCCUCAAGGGACCACAGCAGCCACAGCAGCAGCUCUUCUUUCACUUUGGCGAGGCGUAUGCCCAGCCAGCGCCUCCGCCGCCAGCGCCUGCUGGCGUGUGGCCACAUCCAAGCUCCCCCUGCUAUCCACCCACAGUGUCGCCACACAGCGUGCCUGGCAAUCGCUCCGUUUCGCCCGCUCUGUCCUCCAACUCCUCCUCCCACGGCAGUGAGUCCCACUGGAGUGGCAACAGCAACACACGCAGCAACAACAGUCGAUUGGCAGGUCCGGCGCUAUCCCCGUCGAACGGUGGAGGUGCAGCCGUACACCAUACACAUAUGCAUGGCCAUCCGCACGGUUUGGCUGCCGCCGCAGCCGCAGCCGCCGCCGCCUAUGGGCCACUGCCGCAUCGUGGAACAACAUCGCCCAUAGCCAAUAGUCUGCCCUGGUAUGAGGUUAUACUGCCGCCAGAUCGUUAUCUGACCCAAGCGCGCAACAUGGAGCUGACCGUGCAGCCAGAUAAAUUGAUUUGCCUCUCCAAAUACGACAAGUUGUCGCUGCAGAUAUGGAACCGCUUCCGUGGUGCCCAGCAGACCACAAAUAAAUUCAAGAUCAAGAUGCGCCUUUGGCGCUUCCUAUUGCUCUGGAUGAAUCCCAUGUUCUCCAAGUAUCGCAUAUGGCUGGUGGGCUCGACCAUCACUGGCUUUGGAACUGACACAUCCGAUAUUGAUAUGUGCCUGGUUGGCGGGCCACCGCAUCUGCACACACAUCAGCUGCAGCAUUAUCAGCACCACCAACACCAACACCAACACCAGCACCAGCAUCAGCAUCAGCUGCAGCAGCUGCACCAGCAGCAUUAUCAACAUUCACACAACAUGCAGAAUGAGAAGCGUGCCGAGGCACUGAUAGUGUUGACUCUAUUUCAGUCAGUGCUCAAGGAGACAGGUAAGAAAGGUGUCUUUCGCGAUUUCAAUUUGAUUGAAGCGCGCGUUCCAAUUUUGCGCUUCAAGGACAUCAUCAAUGCGAUUGAAGUGGAUUUGAAUUUCAAUAAUUGUGUGGGCAUCAUGAACACCUAUUUGCUGCAACUCUAUGCACAGCUUGAUUGGCGCACACGCCCUUUGGUGGUUGUGGUGAAGCUAUGGGCCCAAUAUCAUGACAUUAAUGAUGCCAAACGCAUGACCAUAUCCAGCUAUUCGCUGGUACUGAUGGUCCUACACUAUCUACAGCAUGGCUGCACACCGCACGUGCUGCCAUGCCUGCACACACUCUAUCCAGAAAAGUUUCAGCUCGGGCAGCAGGAUUGCUUCGAUUUGAAUCUGAUUGAAAACAUUGACGCGUAUCCCACACAAAAUCAACAGACGCUCGGUGAGCUCUUUCUUGGUUUCUUCAAGUACUACAGCCACUUUGAUUUUCGUAACCAUGCCAUUUCGGUGCGCACGGGCGGUAUACUGCCAGUGAGUGCCUGUCGCCUGGCCAAGAGCUACAAGAACGAUGCCUAUCAGUGGAAGGAGCUUAAUAUCGAGGAGCCAUUCGAUCUGUCCAACACGGCACGUUCUGUCUACGAUUUUGCCACCUUUGAGCGUGUCAAGGCCACCUUUGUGGCCUCAGCCCGUGCGCUGGAGCCAACGCUGGAUAUCGGCUCAGUGUUUAGUCCCAUUUUUUCGGGUAAUCAGUUUGGAAACCAGCCACAGUAUAGCCACGGCCACAGCCACAGCCACGGCCAGUCACGCGGCGGCGGCGGCGGCGGAGGAGGAGGAGGAGCUGCUCCUGCUGCUGUCAACAACAACAAGAACAAGAAUAUGUCGCCGGCAUCUGGAUAAAAACAAACGAAACUAAACACUUAAAACACAACACACUCCAUGAUUGGGAAAACAACCAACAAGCAAACAAAACAAAAAACAAAUACCAAAACUAAUGUAUUUCAAACAAUCUUGUAAAUUAAUAUUCAAAGAUUACCACGAGACAAGAUGAAAACCACCCACAAGCACACGCAAAGCGAUCUGAAAGAACUAUUUAUGCGCCGCUGUGUGGUGCGCCCGUCCUGUGUGUGUUUUCUUUGAAUUUUAAUCGCUUCUAUUUCGUUAAAUGUUAUUUACUAUUCCUCCUCCCCUCUUCAUUAUUUAUACAAAAAUGUUUACAUAAAUUAAUUUCAAUUCCAAUUAUUGUGAACAUUCCACGCGGAGCCCGAACAGAACUCCGCUCCAUGUGGCAUGGCUAUCUCACUUUUUUUUUUUUUUUAGUUCAAUAAUGUCAUCCGAAAACUGUAUGCCCAACGCAAGUUCUGUUCCAAUCCAAAUAUACACAAAAACACCCACACCCAAAAAAAGUAAGCC